AUUUCUUGUGUAACAUCCUGAGUAGUGGUCGUGUCAUACAAACCAAAUAUUCUUGUCCAACUAAUUCUUAUUUCAAUCCCGAAAAGCAACUUUGCGAUGCAGAUUAUGAUUGUCCUUGUUCUUCAUCAGAAACUACAACAACGGAAGCGAUUACGACACAAGAAAUGACUGAAAUCACCACAGAAAGAGUUAAAACCGACAUAAUCGAAGGAACUACAGAAGAAAUGAUUACUGAAGAUGAUGAUAUCAAAACUACAAUAGGAAAUUCAACGGAAUCAACCAGCACUUUGGGGGUUUCUACUGAUACUACCUCUAUUGAUGAAUGUUCUUUCAAUUCUGAUCCAAAUUACUUCACGUGUACUGUUAAAGGUAGAUUCAGAAAUGCAAACGACAAGACUUGUCAAACUUAUUUCUGGUGUUACAUUCUGAGUAGUGGUCGUGUCAUACAAACCAAAUAUUCUUGUCCAACUAAUUCUUAUUUCAAUCCCGAAAAGCAACUUUGCGAUGCAGAUUAUGAUUGUCCUUGUUCUUCAUCAGAAACCACUACAACUGAAGCGAUCACGACACAAGAAAUGACUGAAAUCACCACAGAAAGAGUUAAAACCGACAUAAUCGAAGGAACUACAGAAGAAAUGAUUACUGAAGAUGAUGAUAUCAAAACUACAAUAGGAAAUUCAACGGAAUCAACCAGCACUUUGGGGGUUUCUACUGAUACUACGUCUAUUGAUGAAUGUUCUUUCAAUUCUGAUCCAAAUUACUUCACCUGUACUGUUAAAGGUAGAUUCAGAAAUGCAAACGACAAGACUUGUCAAACUUAUUUCUUGUGUAACAUCCUGAGUAGUGGUCGUGUCAUACAAACCAAAUAUUCUUGUCCAACUAAUUCUUAUUUCAAUCCCGAAAAGCAACUUUGCGAUGCAGAUUAUGAUUGUCCUUGUUCUUCAUCAGAAACCACUACAACUGAAGCGAUCACGACACAAGAAAUGACUGAAAUCACCACAGAAAGAGUUAAAACCGACAUAAUCGAAGGAACUACAGAAGAAAUUAUUACUGAAGAUGAUGAUAUCAAAACUACAAUAGGAAAUUCAACGGAAUCAACCAGCACUUUGGGGGUUUCUACUGAUACUACGUCUAUUGAUGAAUGUUCUUUCAAUUCUGAUCCAAAUUACUUCACCUGUACUGUUAAAGGUAGAUUCAGAAAUGCAAACGACAAGACUUGUCAAACUUAUUUCUUGUGUAACAUCCUGAGUAGUGGUCGUGUCAUACAAACCAAAUAUUCUUGUCCAACUAAUUCUUAUUUCAAUCCCGAAAAGCAACUUUGCGAUGCAGAUUAUGAUUGUCCUUGUUCUUCAUCAGAAACCACUACAACUGAAGCGAUCACGACACAAGAAAUGACUGAAAUCACCACAGAAAGAGUUAAAACCGACAUAAUCGAAGGAACUACAGAAGAAAUGAUUACUGAAGAUGAUGAUAUCAAAACUACAAUAGGAAAUUCAACGGAAUCAACCAGCACUUUGGGGGUUUCUACUGAUACUACGUCUAUUGAUGAAUGUUCUUUCAAUUCUGAUCCAAAUUACUUCACCUGUACUGUUAAAGGUAGAUUCAGAAAUGCAAACGACAAGACUUGUCAAACUUAUUUCUUGUGUAACAUCCUGAGUAGUGGUCGUGUCAUACAAACCAAAUAUUCUUGUCCAACUAAUUCUUAUUUCAAUCCCGAAAAGCAACUUUGCGAUGCAGAUUAUGAUUGUCCUUGUUCUUCAUCAGAAACCACUACAACUGAAGCGAUCACGACACAAGAAAUGACUGAAAUCACCACAGAAAGAGUUAAAACCGACAUAAUCGAAGGAACUACAGAAGAAAUGAUUACUGAAGAUGAUGAUAUCAAAACUACAAUAGGAAAUUCAACGGAAUCAACCAGCACUUUGGGGGUUUCUACUGAUACUACGUCUAUUGAUGAAUGUUCUUUCAAUUCUGAUCCAAAUUACUUCACCUGUACUGUUAAAGGUAGAUUCAGAAAUGCAAACGACAAGACUUGUCAAACUUAUUUCUUGUGUAACAUCCUGAGUAGUGGUCGUGUCAUACAAACCAAAUAUUCUUGUCCAACUAAUUCUUAUUUCAAUCCCGAAAAGCAACUUUGCGAUGCAGAUUAUGAUUGUCCUUGUUCUUCAUCAGAAACCACUACAACUGAAGCGAUCACGACACAAGAAAUGACUGAAAUCACCACAGAAAGAGUUAAAACCGACAUAAUCGAAGGAACUACAGAAGAAAUGAUUACUGAAGAUGAUGAUAUCAAAACUACAAUAGGAAAUUCAACGGAAUCAACCAGCACUUUGGGGGUUUCUACUGAUACUACCUCUAUUGAUGAAUGUUCUUUCAAUUCUGAUCCAAAUUACUUCACCUGUACUGUUCAAGGUAGAUUCAGAAAUGCAAACGACAAGACUUGUCAGACUUAUUUCUUGUGUAACAUCCUGAGUAGUGGUCGUGUCAUACAAACCAAAUAUUCUUGUCCAACUUAUUCUUAUUUCAAUCCCGAAAAGCAACUUUGCGAUGCAGAUUAUGAUUGUCCUUGUUCUUCAUCAGAAACCACUACAACUGAAGCGAUCACGACACAAGAAAUGACUGAAAUCACCACAGAAAGAGUUAAAACCGACAUAAUCGAAGGAACUACAGAAGAAAUGAUUACUGAAGAUGAUGAUAUCAAAACUACAAUAGGAAAUUCAACGGAAUCAACCAGCACUUUGGGGGUUUCUACUGAUACUACCUCUAUUGAUGAAUGUUCUUUCAAUUCUGAUCCAAAUUACUUCACGUGUACUGUUAAAGGUAGAUUCAGAAAUGCAAACGACAAGACUUGUCAAACUUAUUUCUGGUGUUACAUUCUGAGUAGUGGUCGUGUCAUACAAACCAAAUAUUCUUGUCCAACUAAUUCUUAUUUCAAUCCCGAAAAGCAACUUUGCGAUGCAGAUUAUGAUUGUCCUUGUUCUUCAUCAGAAACCACUACAACUGAAGCGAUCACGACACAAGAAAUGACUGAAAUCACCACAGAAAGAGUUAAAACCGACAUAAUCGAAGGAACUACAGAAGAAAUUAUUACUGAAGAUGAUGAUAUCAAAACUACAAUAGGAAAUUCAACGGAAUCAACCAGCACUUUGGGGGUUUCUACUGAUACUACCUCUAUUGAUGAAUGUUCUUUCAAUUCUGAUCCAAAUUACUUCACCUGUACUGUUCAAGGUAGAUUCAGAAAUGCAAACGACAAGACUUGUCAGACUUAUUUCUUGUGUAACAUCCUGAGUAGUGGUCGUGUCAUACAAACCAAAUAUUCUUGUCCAACUAAUUCUUAUUUCAAUCCCGAAAAGCAACUUUGCGAUGCAGAUUAUGAUUGUCCUUGUUCUUCAUCAGAAACCACUACAACUGAAGCGAUCACGACACAAGAAAUGACUGAAAUCACCACAGAAAGAGUUAAAACCGACAUAAUCGAAGGAACUACAGAAGAAAUGAUUACUGAAGAUGAUGAUAUCAAAACUACAAUAGGAAAUUCAACGGAAUCAACCAGCACUUUGGGGGUUUCUACUGAUACUACCUCUAUUGAUGAAUGUUCUUUCAAUUCUGAUCCAAAUUACUUCACGUGUACUGUUAAAGGUAGAUUCAGAAAUGCAAACGACAAGACUUGUCAAACUUAUUUCUGGUGUUACAUUCUGAGUAGUGGUCGUGUCAUACAAACCAAAUAUUCUUGUCCAACUAAUUCUUAUUUCAAUCCCGAAAAGCAACUUUGCGAUGCAGAUUAUGAUUGUCCUUGUUCUUCAUCAGAAACCACUACAACUGAAGCGAUCACGACACAAGAAAUGACUGAAAUCACCACAGAAAGAGUUAAAACCGACAUAAUCGAAGGAACUACAGAAGAAAUUAUUACUGAAGAUGAUGAUAUCAAAACUACAAUAGGAAAUUCAACGGAAUCAACCAGCACUUUGGGGGUUUCUACUGAUACUACCUCUAUUGAUGAAUGUUCUUUCAAUUCUGAUCCAAAUUACUUCACCUGUACUGUUAAAGGUAGAUUCAGAAAUGCAAACGACAAGACUUGUCAAACUUAUUUCUGGUGUUACAUUCUGAGUAGUGGUCGUGUCAUACAAACCAAAUAUUCUUGUCCAACUAAUUCUUAUUUCAAUCCCGAAAAGCAACUUUGCGAUGCAGAUUAUGAUUGUCCUUGUUCUUCAUCAGAAACUACAACAACGGAAGCGAUUACGACACAAGAAAUGACUGAAAUCACCACAGAAAGAGUUAAAACCGACAUAAUCGAAGGAACUACAGAAGAAAUGAUUACUGAAGAUGAUGAUAUCAAAACUACAAUAGGAAAUUCAACGGAAUCAACCAGCACUUUGGGGGUUUCUACUGAUACUACCUCUAUUGAUGAAUGUUCUUUCAAUUCUGAUCCAAAUUACUUCACGUGUACUGUUAAAGGUAGAUUCAGAAAUGCAAACGACAAGACUUGUCAAACUUAUUUCUUGUGUAACAUCCUGAGUAGUGGUCGUGUCAUACAAACCAAAUAUUCUUGUCCAACUAAUUCUUAUUUCAAUCCCGAAAAGCAACUUUGCGAUGCAGAUUAUGAUUGUCCUUGUUCUUCAUCAGAAACCACUACAACUGAAGCGAUCACGACACAAGAAAUGACUGAAUUCACCUGUACUGUUAAAGGUAGAUUCAGAAAUGCAAACGACAAGACUUGUCAAACUUAUUUCUUGUGUAACAUCCUGAGUAGUGGUCGUGUCAUACAAACCAAAUAUUCUUGUCCAACUAAUUCUUAUUUCAAUCCCGAAAAGCAACUUUGCGAUGCAGGUUAUAAAUGUCAAUGUUCAUCUUAAUAAUUGAUUUUGUAAAGUAAUAAUAUUUAUGAUUUUAUACGUCUAUUUCAACGUUCAUAAUAGUUACAUUGUAUUAAAAUAUUUUCUUAUAAUUAUACUGAUUAUCCAAAAAAA